CUGUCUCUCUCUGUCUCUGUUUCUGACAUAUAUCUCUGUCUCUCUCUUUGUCUCUCUCUCCCUGCCUCUCUUCUGUUUUUCUGUCUCUGUUCCACUCUCCUUCUCAUAGCUUGUUUCUCUGCCUCUGUCUCUUUCUACCUCUUUUUCUGUUUCUUUCUUUAUCUCAUGCUCUAUACCUUUGUUUGUCUGCCUAUUUCUCUUCCUCUCUGCCUUUAUCACAUUGUGUCUCCCUGCCUCUUAUCUGUUUUUUCUCACUCUCCUUCUCCUAGCUUGCUUUUUCUGCUUCUGUCUUUUUCUAUCUUUUUUGUUUCUUUCUUUAUUAUAUUCUCUAUACCUCUCUGUUUAUCUAGCCAUUUCUCUCAAUCCCUGCCUCUUAUCUCUCAUUGUCUCUUAAUCUUUUUUCUGCCUCUCAUUCUUUCUCAUUGCCUUUCCCUUCUUCUUAUUCUCUUCCUGCAUCUUUCUGCCUCUUGUUUUCUCCCCUGCCUCUCUUUUUUUUAUAAUUGUCUGCCCUGCCUCUUUCUCUCUCCCUCCCUCUCUUUAACUAUUGUUUCUCCCAGCAUUUUAUUCUCUAUACCUGCCAUUCUGUCUUUUUGUCUCUAUACCUGUUCCUCUCUGUCUCUCUGUUUCUGUUUCUCUCUCUCUCUCUCUCUCUCUCUCUGUGUGUGUGCAGAUUAUGUAGGGGAUGAUUUUGUGGAGAAGUAAAUGUUGAAAUCUGAUUAUGUGUGAGUGGUAGAGAGAGAGAGAGAGAGAGAGAGAGAGAGGCAGGGUUGAGGGAGAUGUGCUGAGGCAAUGGCUUUUCCACUCUGGAUCCGGCGGGGCCACUUCAAUGGCGUGAAAGGACCCGGUCUGCCCCGCUGCACUCCGGCUUUGCCGUAGAGAUUCCAGGUUUUAAUGGGAUGCACUAUAUACGCAGCCAGCCCUGAGGCUCCACCAGAGGGGCCCGACACCCGGAGACGGCCCCAUGCCCCCAGCUCCCGGAGCUCACGCACGCACAGCCGGCCCAAGACCAUGAGUGAUCCCCAGGAGCACGCUUAUGAUGUAGGCCUGAUCACACAUCAGGACCUGUCAGAGACCCCAAAGGAGGAAGACCCCCACAGCCCUUCACACUUCAGAGUGCAGCUGAUUGACGAUCUGUCCUACGAGGAUGUGAAAAAAUGCUACAGAGGAUCUACCGUCAGCAAGUACAACUCACAGUACCACAAACUGUUCCAGACCGUGCCCAAAGAGGAGAUACUCAUGAAGGUGUACUCCUGCGCUUUGCUGCGAGACAUCCUCCUGCAAGGCCGCCUCUACAUCUCCAGAAACUGGCUGUGUUUUUACGCCAAUCUCUUUGGCAAGGACAUUAAGGUGGCAAUCCCUGUAGUUUCUGUGCGACUGGUAAAGAAGCACAAGACAGCGGGCCUGGUCCCAAAUGGCCUGGCCAUUACUACAGACAGCAGCCAAAAGUAUGUAUUUGUGUCUUUGCUGUCCAGAGACAGUGUGUAUGACGUACUGAGGCGGAUAUGCACACACCUCCAGGUCAAUGGCAAGAAGAGCCUCGGCCUCAAACAGUACAUGGAGGAGCCUACCUCCUUAUCUCUGGAUGAGUUCCCUGUCCCUGAUGAGUUCCCUGUGACUGUAGACGAGUUCACUCCGGUGCUGAAGUGGAGGAGGAAGCCCUCAGUGGCGUCUGUCUCCUCCUCCCUGCCCGACCUUCUGGGCAACUCUACCAGCAGCCUCAGUGCUGUGGACGCUUCCUUUCGGCCAGACGAGCCUCUAGAGGAGAGAGGUCUAGAGGCUGAGAAGAUCCUCCUCACAGAGCCAGUACCUGAACUGGGCCAGAUGGAGUACCAGCUGCUGAAGUUCUUCAUCCUGCUAAUUAUCCUCCUCAUCCUGUCUUCCUGUUACCUGGCUUUCCGUGUGUGUAGUCUGGAACAGCAGCUCUCCUUCCUCAGCAGCAACACAGCACUCCCCCUGCGGGAGAGGUAACUGAGACUGAAUGGACAGCCUUCCUUGCACUGGUCACCUGAAGACUAUGCAAACUGACUCUUAUUUAUUGCUUUAGUGAGGAAGAAGAUCCCCCGCACAGUGGGGGUGAUUAAAUGAAUGAAUGAAUGAAUGAAUGGGUACAGUAAGUGGUGUAUGAGCAGCAUACAGUGAUGCAAGCCAUUCUGUGCUGCUGGACAGCAGAAAAUAUGAAGAAAUGAAGAUGUGAAGAUGUGCAGACGCAGCACUGGAUUCAGAACACUGAACUGAGGUUACCCAACAUAUGAAAUGGCUUUAGGAAAGGGUCAGUUUCUCCCAGUAGGAGCCACAGAGGCCACAGCACAUAUCGUACAUGAUAAAGGACCUACUCUUCAUUCAUGAAAAAGGACAUAGCAAUACUACAUAUACUACAAAAAGUGCAGAUCAUGGCCAUGUGUCUUCAUAUGUGUAUGCUGAUCAUUAAUCCUGACUGCUUGCAUUAUGGAUAAACCCCAUGUGUGGAAACAUGGGGAUGAUUAUCUAACAAAAAGUGUAAAAUGUUCAGUUUACCGUGCAACAUGCAGUUUCUCUCUCAGGCAGGUGAGUUUUUGAUCAAGCAAAUACAAUCUGCUGUGUAAAAACUUCAGACUUUAUCAGUUACAGACUACCUGAACUGAAUCACUUACUCUCAGGACACACACCACAAUCAUGAUUUAAAGCAAUAAUUACAUAAUUAUGUAAUUCAGCCAUGUACUGUUCAUGUACUGUAUUCAGCAAUAUGAUACUGAAUCACAUGACAAAGUCAGCAGCAUUACAUAUCUACCAGACUCUUAUGCAAUGUUAAUUUUCUUUCCUGGAUGUUACUGCACCGUUAUACACUCUACCCUUAUCCUGUGCAUUUUACACUGUUUAACAGUAAUCACUGAAUCUGCACGUCACAUAAAUAUAUAUAUAUAUAUAUAAAUACUAUGUAUGCACUUCUCAUAAACAGAUACAGAACGUAUAUUGUAUUAAACUGUAUGCUGAAGCACAGCUGUGCUGUUUUCAGGGCUUAAACUAUGAAAAGAUGUCAUUUGAAUGUGUGAUGUGUGAAGAUGAAUAGAUCUUGGUUUUGAAAAUAAAGACUAUAUUUAAUAUUCAUGAUAAAUAAAAUGAGAGUAUAUAAACAGCCCCUCCUCCCACCAUAGUAAAUAAACAUCCCCACCAGCACUGUUAUGUAUAUAUAUAAAGACUGUUAUUGUA